AUGGUUCGUUCAUCUCAAGCAACAACUUUCUCUUGUUCUCCUUUCUUUGAUGAUCGCGGGCCGUAUGGAUGUGCAGAACCUAUAACUGAACGUAUAAAUCCUCAUUCUCGUCCAAUCGUCUCGUAUUACUUUCCUAAAGGUAUUGGUGAACAGCAUUAUGGGGAGCGACAUCCGAUGAAACCCCACCGGCUUACUUUGACGAAUGCCCUCGUCAUGGGGUACGGUUUAGACAAGCAAAUUCACCAUAUAUACAAUCCACGUCCAGCGACACAAGCAGAACUCGAAGCUUAUCACGAUCAUGAUUACAUUGAAUUUUUAUCAAGGGUCACCCCCCAAAAUCAGGCGGAUAUGAAGCAUCUCAUUGACUCCUUUAAUUGUGUGGAGGAUUGUCCAAUUUUUUCCGACAUGUACGAAUUUUGCCGCAUGUAUGCGGGUGGAUCUCUCGCAGCGGCACGAAAGCUUUGCGCGGGUACCACUGACAUUGCUAUUAAUUGGUCGGGUGGUCUACAUCACGCCAAGAAAGGCGAAGCCAGUGGAUUCUGCUACGUAAACGACAUUGUACUUGCCAUUUUAGAACUAUUGAGAUAUCACCCUCGAGUCUUGUAUAUCGACAUUGAUAUUCACCAUGGAGAUGGUGUAGAAUUCGCCUUCUACCAUACCAACCGCGUCAUGACCGUGUCUUUCCACAAAUACACCGGUGACUUCUUCCCGGGAACAGGAAAAUUAGACGACAACGGUACAGGCCCGGGAAAACAUUUCUGUUUGAACGUCCCACUUCAAGACGGCAUAGAUGAUAAUAUGUACUUGACGAUUUUCAAGAGCGUCAUUGACGACACCGUCACCGCCUUUAGACCCACUUCAAUCGUCCUGCAGUGUGGAGCUGACUCCCUGGGUUGCGAUCGACUAGGCGCAUUCAACCUGUCGAUUGCAGCUCAUGGAGAAUGCGUCAAUUUCGUACGAAAUUUCAACGUCCCACUACUUGUCGUCGGAGGUGGGGGCUAUACAAUCAAGAACGUCAGCCGAUGUUGGACGUACGAAACUUCAGUACUGGUUGGCGCUGCGGUCCCAGACGAGCUACCUGCCACCAUCUAUGAUUCAUUCUUCCGAGACUCGCAAUGGAAGCUACAUCCUCCUCUUACGGGAAAGGUAGACAACCUGAACUCGGCCACAUCGCUACAGCGCAUCAGCAUCAGCAUUCGCAACAAGCUUCGUUAUCUACAGGGCGCACCAAGCGUAGCUAUGCAAGACAUCCCUCCGGACCUCGCUGGAUGGUUAGAGGACGAAGAGCGCACACGGGAAGAGAAGCAGGAAGAGAAAAGUAUCGCUCUGGCUGGCGAGAACAGGGAAGAUCGAUCCGUUCUUCGGAACGAAUUUUUCGACGGCGAGCAGGACAAUGAUGCUGACGAUGUGCCGUUAUCUGCCACCUCUGCGGGAAAAUUGUCGUCAUCCGCCACUCGCAAAGCGAAGACUACAACCAGACGGGGCCGAGGCAAAACAAGAGCAAGGACAACUGCUUCCAUGACAGAAAAGGACGCCACUGAGGACGGCGAGGAAAGCACAAAUCAAACGAUUUCUGCGCCAACCAGGACGCGAUCCACACGCUCGAGAGCCAAGACGAAGGGUCGUACGCGCACACGCACUAAGGCUCAGGAGGAGGAUGCAGAAGGGGACACGACGCUCCCUGACGCUGUUUCGGCAGUUGAUACUGAAGGCGACCAGCCACCGCGAGAUCUGGAUGUCAUGUAG